UCGGUAGACGGAUUUUGAUUGUCACAGUCACAACGGCACAAACCGGCAAAACAGCGCGAAGAACCGUUCAUGAACGUUGAGCUGAACUUAAUUACACCGCUUGUUUGAGAGAUGUUGAUCAUCCGCUGUGGAGAGCUCAAAUCAACUGCAUCAGAAGUGCUCCUUGGCCUUGUGCUUCAAUAUGGUGGCAAUUCUGCAACUUUUGGCAAUUCUAGAAAGGUGUGGGACCUUUUAUCCCAUUUGACCAUACCUCUGGUUCUAUCUUCGGUCUGUGGUUUGAAGGAUUAGCUUCGACCGGCGGUGGCUGGCGCCAGGGUUCACGCACUUUGUGCAGAACCUGAGGUGUAGAAAAGGACGCAUGUUCGGCCUGCUCUGUGAGGACAAUGGAUACAAAGGACGAUGUCAAGCCCGCAGCAGGGACCACCGGUCGUCCCGAUGUGGACCGAGCGGCAGGGUAUACCACCGGCCAGCUUGAUACUGGCACACGUCCCUCAACUUCGGGCCGCCCCCCCCUCCCUUCUGGGGGUUCAGGUCGCAGGGCCCCAAACCUGGCUCGCGCUCGGCCCCCCAAAGCAGAAGAAAAAGUCAAACCAGACCCUGGACGGGUUCCCGAAUCAGCCGCAGCCGCUGCGGGCGGGGUGCACCCUGGGAAAGUGAUAGAUGGAUCUGAGGACAGCAAAGCGGACGUCAAGAGUGGUGUGGAUGCCAAGUUGGCGGCCCAAGACGUGCGGGCAGCUUCGGACAAGGAGCUGGAGAGAGUGCUAUACGAUCCGCAGAAGCUGACGCAGCCAAUUAAGAGCGCAGUGGACAAGUUCGAGCUGCUGCCGGCCUUUCUCAAGGUUCGCGGUCUGGUGAAGCAGCACAUUGACUCGUUCAACUACCUGAUCAACUGCGAGCUCAAGAACAUCAUCCGCGCCAAGGCCAACGUCAAAGUCACCUGCGACACCGACCCCAACUUCUUCCUGCGCUACACCGACAUCUAUGUCGGGAAGCCCUGCAUCGAAGUGGACCUCAUCCAAGAGGGCAUCACUCCUCAGAAGUGCCGGCUGCGCGACAUGACGUACGCUGCGCCCAUCAGCGUGGAUGUCGAGUACACACGUGGGAAGGAACUAGUGGUGCGGAAAGGGAAGGGCGGGCAGGGCGCGAUUGUGAUCGGGAGGAUGCCACUUAUGCUGAGGAGCAGCCGAUGCGUGCUGAAGGACAAAAACGAGGAGGAGCUGGCGGAACUAGGGGAGUGUCCGCUGGACCCCGGUGGAUACUUCGUGGUACGUGGUACAGAGAAGGUAAUUCUGAUCCAGGAGCAGCUGUCCAAGAAUCGCAUCAUCAUCGAUACGGACAACAACGGCAACGUCAUGGCCAGCGUCACGAGCAGCACGCACGAGCGCAAGAGCAAGACCAACAUCAUCGUCAAAAAUACCAGGAUCUUCCUGCGGCACAACACGUUCGGGGACGAGGUCCCGAUCGUGGUCGUUCUGAAAGCGAUGGGCAUGGCGAGCGACCAGGAGAUUGUGCAGAUGGUGGGAAUGGACCCCGUCUACGCGGAUCUGCUGGCGCCCUCCAUUCAGGAGUGCGCUGCUCUGGGCAUAUUCACACAGCAGCAGGCGCUCGAGUACUGCGGGGCCAAGGUCAAGACGGGGCGCCAGAUGUGGGUCAAGACGAAGCGGCACAAGGUGGACGAGGCCCGCGACAUCCUUUCAAACGUGGUGCUCGCCCACGUGCCGGUGAACCGGUUCGACUUCAAGGGCAAGUGCAUCUACAUCGGUGUCAUGAUCCGGCGCAUGCUGGAGGCGAUUCUGAACAAGGACGCCGUCGAUGACAAGGACUACUACGGCAACAAGCGGCUGGAGCUUGCCGGACAGCUGCUUUCCCUGCUGUUCGAGGACCUGUUCAAGCGCAUGAACAGCGACCUGCGCAAGGAGACGGAUAAGGCGCUGUCCAAGGCCAACCGGUCGACGCUCUUCGACGUCGUCAAGUGCAUAAAGCCGGACACGAUCACUAAAGGCCUGGAGCACGCGAUCUCGAGCGGCAACUGGACCGUCAAGCGGUUCCGUAUGGACAGGAAGGGAGUCACGCAGGUGCUGUCCCGGCUGUCCUUCAUCGCGGCCCUGGGCCACAUGACGAGGAUCACGUCCCAGUUUGAAAAGACGCGGAAAGUCAGCGGACCCCGCGCUCUGCAACCCAGCCAGUGGGGCAUGCUUUGUCCGUCCGACACUCCCGAAGGCGAGGCGUGCGGCCUGGUGAAGAACCUGGCGCUCAUGACGCACGUGACCACCGACGAAGAGGAAGGACCCAUCGUUAGGCUGGCUUCAACGCUGGGGGUGGAAGAGCUGGCGCUGCUGUCCGGCGCGGAGCUCCACGCGCCCAGCAGCUACCUCGUCUUCCUCAACGGAAGCAUCUUAGGUGUACAUAGAAAACCGCACAAGCUCGCAGAUGCCAUUCGGAGGCUCCGGCGUGCGGGUAGAGUAGGAGAGUUCGUGUCCGUCCAUGUACAUACCGGACAGAAGUGCGUCUACAUCGCGUCGGACGGCGGCCGCGUGUGCCGCCCGCUCGUGAUUGCGGACAAGGGGGUUUCGCGCGUCAAGGCGCACCAUAUGGAGGAGUUACGGGAGGGGUAUCGCACGUUUGACGACUUUUUGAGGGAGGGGCUGGUGGAGUAUCUCGACGUGAACGAGGAGAAUAACAGUCUGAUUGCCAUGUACGAAUGCGACGCCGGCCCAGACAACACCCACAUCGAGAUCGAGCCGUUCACAAUCCUGGGGGUCUGCGCCGGGCUGAUUCCAUACCCCCACCACAACCAGUCUCCGCGAAACACGUACCAGUGCGCUAUGGGCAAGCAGGCGAUGGGCAACAUAGCGUAUAACCAGCUGUACCGGAUGGAUACGCUAUUGUACCUCCUGGUAUACCCGCAGAGGCCGUUGCUGACCACCAAGACGAUCGGCCUGAUUGGCUUCGACAAGCUAGGUGCGGGGCAGAACGCCACCGUGGCCGUCAUGAGCUACAGCGGGUACGACAUCGAAGACGCGAUCGUGAUGAACAAGGCGUCCCUCGACCGCGGGUUCGGCCGGUGCAUCGUCAUCCGCCGCUAUGCAACGUCCCUCCGAAAAUACGCGAACCGCACGCAGGAUCGGAUCGUCGCGCCCCCGGGGGGAUCCCUCGGCGCGAGCCAACGGUACGCGCUGCUCGACGCCGACGGGAUCGCGGCGGCCGGAGAAAUGAUUCGCCCGGGUGACGUGUACGUGAAUAAGCAGAGCCCGAAGAACACGCGCGAGAUGGACGUGCCGAACCCCGCCAACCUGCCGGACAGCUUCUUCAAGGCCACCCCCCAAACGUACAAAGGCCCCGCCGGCGAGACCGCUGUCGUGGACAAGGUGCUGAUCACCAGCAACGACGAGAACCAGUUCGUCGUCAAGGCCUUAGUUCGCCACACGCGGCGCCCGGAAGUGGGCGACAAGUUUUCGAGCCGGCACGGGCAGAAGGGCGUGUGCGGGACGAUCGUGCAACAGGAGGACUUUCCGUUCUCGGAGCGAGGGAUCUGCCCCGACCUCAUUAUGAACCCGCACGGCUUCCCCAGCCGCAUGACUGUCGGCAAAAUGAUCGAGCUCCUGGGCUCUAAGGCGGGCGUCUGCAGCGGCCGGUUUCACUACGGCACCGCGUUCGGUGAACCGAGCGGUCACGCCGACACCGUCGAAGCGAUUAGCGCGACUCUGGUGCAGCACGGGUUUAGUUACAGCGGCAAGGACUUCCUCUACUCGGGGAUCAGCGGGGAGCCGCUCCAGGCGUACAUAUUCAUGGGGCCGGUGUAUUACCAGAAGCUGAAGCAUAUGGUUCUCGAUAAGAUGCACGCGCGCGCAAAGGGCCCCCGUGUCGUCCUCACGAGACAACCGACCGAGGGGCGCAGCCGCGACGGCGGGCUCCGGCUGGGGGAGAUGGAGCGCGACUGCCUCAUAGCUUAUGGGGCGAGCAUGAUGAUCUUGGAGCGGCUUAUGAUCUCCAGCGAUCAGUUCGAGGUGCAAGUGUGCACGAAAUGCGGGUUGCUAGGGUACUUCGACAAGAAGCUGAAAGCCGGCUUCUGCUCGUACUGUAAGAAUAGCCAGAAUAUAGCCACGAUGAAGCUGCCGUACGCGUGUAAGCUGCUGUUCCAAGAGCUGCAGUCGAUGAACAUCGUGCCAAGGCUAAACCUGACAGAAGCGUGAAGAAAAGCUAUGUCAUCGAGUAGCUUCGUAUCUGUGUCAAGCACGCGCGGAGGAUCUCAGGAUUUCAGUUUCUUGAUCAUCUUGCUCUAUAUUCUUGAGU